AGAAGAAGCUGUAGUGUUUGUGGGUGUAGCAGGAAGUUCCGCGUGCAGAAACACACACACACACACACACACACACACACACACAGACGGACAGACAAAGAGACAGGCAGUGAGACAGACAGGCACACAGACGGAGAGACGGACAGAGGAACCGCCAGGAUGAAGGUUGCAGUGUGUGUACUCCUGCUGGCUCUGUUCUCCCUGGGCGAGGGUCUGCAGUGUUACUCGUGUCCUUCGGGGACGAGCGGCAGUUGCAGCAGCGUCCAGCAGUGCUCAGCCAAUGAGGACAACUGCCUGGACCUCACGAUGACAGGCACAGGUGUGAAGGUCACCAGGUGUAUUGUUCGUGCCGACUGUGACUUUGACAAGCUCAAGCAGCAGUACACCGGCAACUUCAAGAUGAGCUGCUGCAGCUCCAACCUCUGUAACUCCGCCCACGCCACGCCCGCUCGCCCUCUGAUUGGCCUGCUGGGCGGGCUGGCCGCCCUCUGCUGGGCCCUGCUCUGAACACACACACACGCACACACGCGCACACACACACACAGAAACACACACACACACACGCUCACGCACACACACACACACACACACACACGCACACACACACACACACACACACACACACACACAUCCUGAUAAUCUGUCAAUUCAGAUGAAGGAUGAAGUGGUAAUCCCGCCCUGCACUGCUUCAUCAGUAUUAAGGCACUGCUCACUCUGUAAUCUGGCUGAAGUGAAUCUGAGCUGCCAUGACUGUUUUGUAACAUGCACACGCACGUGCACACGCACGUGCACACGCCUUCUCUACUUGGUUGAAGGAGUGUUUUGUAAGAACCAUAUUUAGCACUUAAUCUGCAGACCGUCUUCUUCUUGUUUUCUUAAGAUGAAUAAAGUUUCUGCAGACGUUUGAUUCUCAUGUUUCUGUUUCUCUGCUGAUUUGAAUUUGAUUUGUGUGUUUUUGUUUUUGUUGGAUAAUAAAGUGUGACGCUGCUUGA